UUUCCUUCUCCGAUCAACGUUCUGGUCUCAUUCUUCGGCUAAGACAUACAUGGCGUUGUCGGAGAAUCUUGCUAGUGUUGAACCAUGGAUAUUCAGAGCACCGUUUACUGAUUCUUGGAUCUCUGAAUCUUUUGCUCGUGACAAUGAAACCUUAACCAAAGCGCUCGAGAAAUCUCUCUGCAGCGCUGCCGGUUCGGACUCGGUUGUUUCAUUUUCUGACUUAGUCAUGACUGGUACUGGUACGCCAACCACGCCGACUGCUUCCAACGUUUCCGGCUCGGACCUGGAGUCGCCAGCGCCGAAGCGGCAGAGAAACGGUAUUCCUGUUUCGGGCGGGAAGGUGUCGAAGCGGAAGUCGCGUGCGUCGAAGCGGUCGCAGACCACGUUCAUCACGGCGGAUCCCGCGAAUUUCAGGCAGAUGGUGCAGCAGGUGACGGGGGUGAGGUUCGGGAACGCGCAGCUGCCGGUGGCGCAAGUUCUGAAGCCGGAGCCGCAGAGGGCUGGAAGUCAGUUGACCGGCGCCGCCACGGGUGGAUUCUUGCCAACGCUUGACACGUCGGCGUUUCUGUUGGACCACCACCAACAGAACGUUCCGAUGGGCCCUUCUGUGUCUGGGGUGGGCUUUGGGCCAGGCCCACUUGGGUUUCAGUCUUCUGUGGCGUCUAAUACCGGUAGUGCCGCGCUGGAUUUUGAGACUUAUGCGAGCUUUCCCACUCUAGAUUCCUGGAAAUAAUGUGAUAUUUUUUGCGUUUUUUUUCUUCCCCCCCUCUUUUUUGUUCUUAAUUUUCCUAGUAUUUCUGUAUUUUGUAGUGGAGGGUUAUGGUGUUGUUAAUAGUUGGGUUUACUUUUUUUUUUUUUAAUGGUAUUUAUUUUUUUUAAAAUUCUACUCUUUAUU